AUGACAAAAGAAGAAAUAGCUAAUGCCGAACAGGGAGCUUACUUAUCUUGGCGUCGGGAUCUCGCAAGGCUGGAACAGCUAGAUGGGAUUGUGAUAACUCCUUACGAGCGCAACUUGGAAUUUUGGCGGCAGCUGUGGCAAGUCGUGGAACGAAGCGACGUCCUGGUUCAGGUUGUCGACGCUCGGCAGCCUCUUCUUUUCUUCUCUACCAGUCUUAAUGACUAUAUCAGAGAGGUCGACUCCCAUAAGGGAACCGUAGUCCUCAUAAAUAAGUCUGACUUUUUAACACGUAAUCAAAGGGACGCUUGGGCGAAAUACUUUGACUCUGUCGGCGUUCGUGUUCUGUUUUUCUCUGCACUCAAUAGCCAAAGUCAACUUUCCGUUCAAAGUAUCAGGGAAGGCCACGGCCCUUCCAGCAUUCCGGAAGAAACCAAAGAAGAACUAGAAGCCGAAAUAUUGCAAGAUUCUCUUAGUGUUGACGAAAUGUGUAAAGAUUUUGAUGAAUCGAGUUUGACUUCAUCCGAAACCUCGACAAUGCACGGUGAGAGUGAGGAGGAGGGCGGAGGGGAGGCUUCAAGUGAGUCGUACAGUAGUGCGGCUGACGUCUUGAAAGAGAAAAUUGAGGUGGUCAAUGGUUGCGAUGUCCUGUCAGUGCAUGAGCUGAUAGAUGAAUUGACUCACCUGGGGACGAGACAUGGGGAUUUCCCCUACCUCACGGUGGGAUUCCUGGGCUAUCCCAACGUGGGUAAGUCGAGUACACUCAAUGCCCUGUGUGGCGCAAAGAAGACCCCGGUUUCGGCAACUCCUGGCAAAACGAAGCACUUUCAGACUAUAUUCCUUCAACCAGAUUUGCAACUCUGUGACUGCCCAGGUAUGGUAAUGCCCUCCUUCGUCUACACUCAAGAAGACCUAGUCGUUGCUGGCAUCCUUCCUAUUGAUGAAAUGCGAGAUUGCAUUCCCCCGAUUCGUGUCAUAUGCGAACAAAUUCCACGAGAGGUGCUCACCGCCCUCUACGGUAUCUCUAUUCGUCCGCCGAAGGAGUUCGAGGAUCCCAACCGACCACCGACGCCUCAUGAGUUGCUUGCCGCCUACGCAUUGUUACAGUGCCUCGUUGUUUCAUUUUCCAUAAUAAAAACCACUUUGUAA